AUGCCAGAUUGCCCAUAUCCAUUGCUGGGAAGAGACUUAUUGCAGAAGCUGCAGACCACCAUAUCCUUUAAGGGGGAUGUGACAGAACUGACAUUUAAUUCUGCACCUCCUGCCCAGAUAAUGAUAACAUGCCCAAUCAGUGAAGAAUAUAUAAUAGCCACAGAGGCAUCACCCAUUGACUCUAGUUCCACCUUGGAGGAGCUAAAAUGGGAGAUCCCAGGACUGCAGGCAGAAAUGAACCCCCCAGUCCUGGCCAUCCACCGACCUCCCAUUAUGGUUCAGCUUACUAACCAGGCUACUCGUAUUUUAGUAAAGCAAUAUCCAAUUCCCUUGGAAGCCAGGAGAGGGGUAGCUGUCCACAUCCGAAGGCUGAGAGAAGGUAAUAUUCUAAUUCCAUGUAAGUCGACAUGGAAUACUCCUCUUCUUCCAAUACAAAAACCAGGUACUUUAGACUUCCGACCCAUCCAAGAUCUAUGAGAAGUGAACAAAUAUGUGCAGACCCUCCAUCAAACCAUCCCCAAUCCCUACACCCUCCUCAGCCUGCUGUCACCAUCCCACCAGAUCUACACUGUGCUAGAUCUUAAGGAUGCCUUCUGCAGCCUCCCACUGGCCAAGGUAUGCCAACCUUUAUUUGCUUUUGAAUGGACAGACCCGGGAGGGGGAUAUUCAGGACAACUGUCAUGGACCUGGUUGCCUCAAGAACAAAAAGGAAAAAAAAAUUCCCUGACUUUGUUUGACGAAGCAUUGAGCCAAGACCUCAUGCUAUACUGAAAACAAUAUCCUGAGAUCACUCUACUACACACUGGGGGAAAACAAGCCUCCCUGUUGUGGACAGAGAUUGAACAAAAGGCCUUCAGUGAUUUGAAAAAGGCUCUUACCACGGCCCCUGCCUUGGCACUACCAGACGUAAAUAAGCCCUUCACCCUGUUUGUCACUGAGAAACUAGGCAUAGCCAAGGGAGUACUCACCCAGGCACUGGGUCCAUGGAAAAGGCCUGUGGCCUACCUCUGUAGGAAACUGAAUAAUGUGGCCACCGGAUGGCCAACUUGUCUGUGGGCUAUAGCCGCUACUGCUUUAUUGGUGAAGGAAGCAGACAAACUAACACUAGGGCAGAAUAUGAGCCUGGUAGCGCCUCACUCUGUGCAAGUUCUCCUGAGAAGUGCACCUGAGCAUUGGCUCACAAAUGCCGGCAUCACUCAAUACCAGGCUUUACUUUUAGACCAGCCCCGAAUAAAGUUUCUUAAGACCACAGCUCUGAAUCCAGCAACUCUCCUUCUAGAUGAUGACCCAGAAGAGCCUCUUCAUGACUGCCUUGAGACUAUAGAAACCCUCCAAGGACUCCGACCUGAUCUGACUGAUGUGCCUUGGCCAGACCCUGAUGAGGUGAUGUUCACAGAUGGGAGCAGCUUCAUCUCCAACGGAAUCAGGUAUGCCAGAGCAGCUGUAGUCACACUAGAACAAGUCAUCUGA